AUGGAUAGGUGGGAGAAAACACUGAGAGCAGAAAGAUACAAGCAUGAUAUCAAGAACCCAUCUUUCUCUUCAUCUCUUCUUGAUGAAAUCUACCGUUCUAUUGAUGAUGGUGAACCAAAACGGGAAGAGUUGAAAUUCUACAGAGAAACAAUGCCAAAGAAACAAAACAAAAUUGGCAGGAACAUUGGAGGAGACGAGGGGAAGUCAGCUCUUCAACGUGCUUGUUUGAUUGAAAAGUGGAUGGAGCAGAAGGUAAGCCAAAAGGUCAUCGCUCAACAAAGGCGGCAAAACUUAACAGAAUUUGAAAGAAAACCACAGCUUGAUCAUGAUCAUGACCAAGAUGUCCUGUUUUUUAGCUCCACUUCAACCUCUUCAGAUUCUAGCUCUGGUGGUUUCUCAUCUUCUGAUACAGAAUCUAUGUAUGGUGCAAGAUCAAGGGCCUCUUCUUUCAAUCCACCAAGGCCUAAGCCAGUCAGAACAAGCGUGUCGGCUCGGUCAGGAAAAACAGAGAAAACAGAGAAGACUCUGCUUUAUGAACGGAGGGAAGUGCAUAUGUUUGAUGAUUAUCACCAAAGUUCUGCUUCAGAACAGACACCAAGGCUUGAAGAGAGCAUAAUCAAGUCCAAAUCAAGAGCCUUAAAGAUUUACAGCAAUCUAAAGAAGGUGAAACAGCCAAUUUCACCGGGUGGCAAGCUCGCGAAUUUCCUUAAUUCCCUCUUCACUACAGGGAACACAAAGAAAUCGAAGAAUUCAUCUUCCAUUGGAAACUUUGAUGAAGAAAGGAAACUUAAAUCAGAGCAAGCAUCAACUUGCUCUUCUGCUUCAUCAUUUUCAAGAUCAUGCUUGAGCAAGCAUUCGCCAUCCACAAGGGAAAAAUUACGCAAUGGGGUUAAAAGGAGUGUUAGAUUUUACCCUGUGAGUGUAAUCGUUGACGAAGACUGCAGGCCAGUCGGACACAAAUCAUUACAUGAAGAGGAAGAUUCAAGUCUCAUGUCUGUUUCUCUGCCAACAGCAUGGAAAAUUGGGAAAUCACCAUCAAGAAAAAUUGAUGAUGAGCUUAAGUAUCAAGUAAUGGAGAAGAGUAGGAGAGUUGAGGAAGUGGCUAGAGAAUUCUUGAAAGAUUAUCAUCAAAAUCAGAAGAAAAAUGAUGUUGUUAUGAUUGACGUUCGCGGCAAAUAUAACGAUCGUUAUGAGGAUGAAGAUGAGGAUGAGGAUGAUGAUGCUGCAAGUUAUUCGAGUUCGGAUUUAUUCGAGCUUGAUCAUCUUGCAGUAAUUGGAAAUGAUCGUAGGUAUUGUGAAGAACUUCCUGUGUAUGAAACUACUCAUCUUGAUACUAAUCGUGCCAUUGCUAGUGGCUUGAGAGUGUAG